GUUCUAUUUCAAGGUGAGCAGACCUCCAACGCCGUCGUUCAAAUGAGACGACGUCGUUUUAGAACCAAGGAAUUUUUAUACCAAAAUCAGUUCGGCUGUCAUCGAGCGUGCAAUCAGAUGUUGGCGGCUCUAAGAUCCCGCGCCCUACUCCAUCACUCGUCUUCUUCUUCCUUCUCGAAUCUUCAACAAUGGAAGCUAGGGUUUCUAGGGUUGAAACGCACCUGGUCAUCCUCCUAUAUUGAGAGCAACAAGGCAACAGAGUUGCUGAACUUGCAAGAGAUAGAGCAGAUUCUGAGCGAUGUUAAAGCCGACGACAUCAGAGUGAUUCCGGUUCGCCAGCACUGUGAUUUCAUGGUUAUCGCCACUGGUAGAUCCUCCUGGCACGUCAAAAACAUCGCUCAAGCCCUUAUUUACAAGGCUAAGCAAAAACAGAAGGGAGCUCAGCGGAUUUUGCUGCCCAGUGUAGAAGGGCAAGAGGGAGGGAAGUGGGUUAUCAUUGACUCUGGCACGGUAAUAGUUCACGCUCUUGAUGAGAAGGCUAGAGCGUAUUACAAUUUAGAAAGUCUUUGGACCACAGAAACAUCUCCAAAUGAACCAAGUAGUCAGGAAUUGAAAAAUGCUUUUGUGAAGAUCCGCCGCAAGAAUAACUCCAAAAAAUCAGUGCAGACUAGUUCUUAACCUUGUCUUCCAACUGGGUCCUCCUAUUUUACUUUCCAACCAUGGAACUUCUAGUUUUGACCUCAUAAAUCUCCAUGCUUGGUCUAAAUGUAAGUUGUGGAUUAUUAUUUAAAACCAUUCUCUCUGCAGUUGGUUCAGUUUUGCUUGUACAUACUUUUUAUGUCUUUUGGGAUACUAUAUUGUUCUGAUUAGAACCCGUCUUUAUUUCUA